GGUUUCACAUCUCAACCAACAGAUUUCAGCCCCAAGACCUUCAUUUCAGGUGAAUUCCAAGCUCUAAGUUUUGAACAAUCAGUGGAAGCAAAAUUUACCAUGGGAAGUGAGUUUGCAAGCCAGAGUACUGGUCAACUCGCAUUAACACCAGCUACAUUUGAUGCCACUAGCCAGCCGUCAACUUCUUAUGAGCACGAGGAAUUGAUUUUCUCUGACACUCUACAGCAUACUGACAACACCAGGACUGUCGGCCUAGAAGAAAGUGUGUUUAGGACCACUUGCCCAACAUACCAUACUAUAAAUGUUUCUCACUCUGAAGAAUUUCACCAGGCUAUGGCACAAGAAGUUCCAGCAGCAUCGGGCCAAGACUCCACUAUCAUUUCAAAAGAUACCCAUAAUUUGUUUUCUGCCCUCUUCCCAUCAUACUCGAGGUAUCGACAUGGAGGUUUUGGUGGGAUUGGAAGUGAAGAUAGUCAGUACGUACCGAGAAUGCGCAACAGACUUGCGGGACUGCCUAUGCCCGCGUCGGCGGGCGCACGGCUGAGCUCCACAGCGCUGGGCAGAGCUAGAGGCGACUCGGCAACAGCGCAUGGCCGGGAGACGGAAGGAGAAGGGGGGAACAGCCGGCGACGUCAGUCGGCUUCUCGCCUGACCAAGAGUAUGAGUUGGGGGGUACAGGACCCUCGCUACAACAUCUAAUGACGACACUGACACGCCGGCCAACAUGCACUUCAUCGACACCGUGAUAGUAAAGUCAGACCGGGCCACCCCCGCGCUCGUUGCCGCACAGCGCCGCUCGCCUCCAAAACCGCCAAGGCCGUCAUUUUGACCGAGUUUUGGAUUUUUUCACAUAACUUUCCCACUUGGUGACGCUGCACGUGUCGGCAACGCUCUGCCUGCAGUCUCGGUGGCAGUGCGGGGCCUGAGCGCAAACUUGGGCCUGUGGCAGCGGCUGAUCUCGCCCCCACCGCGAUGCCCGCCGUCCCGGCGACAGCCCGGCGACUAGAGUGCACCGUCAGGACUCCUCCAGCAGCUGCACGCGCAGCGCGCACGCACACGCACACCAAGGGCGUCAAGUUGACUGUCUAGGAGAGGGAGAGGGAGAGAGCCUUUGCAACGAACUCGCGGCCCGCGAGGCGCGACGCUGAGGACGGCGAUGACGUCGGUCGGCCAGACACAUCCCAACGCAUCAUCCCGCACCGCGCAGCUUUCCUGCGACACCUUCAAGUCCCUCAUCCUGACCGAUCAUUGCAAGUUUCAAAGUUUCAAUAUUGCACCUAACUGAAAAGCUGCUCUCGCCCACGCCGCGGUGGAACCAGUCCGGCGACUAAAGUGCACCGCUAGGACCGCGCCUGCGCGGUGCGGACACCCAGGGCCACCUGUCGACUUCUCUUUUCUUUCUUUACUGACAUAUGUUGGUCCUCUGGCCUUUCGGGCGGGCUGCA